AUGCAUACGGCAACGAAUAUAUCACUUAUACAAAUAUUAGAAAAGACAAUUUCACCAGAUCGAACUGAAUUAGAAUCUGCUGAAAAGUACCUCCAUCAUGCUGCCAAUACCAAUUUCACGACAUUUAUUAAAAUGCUAUCAGAUGUUUUGGUACAAGGAGGAAAUAGUCAAGUGGCGCGAAUGGCUGCAGGUUUACAGCUGAAAAAUCACCUUACAUCAAAAGAUUUUACCCUUAAGCAGGAGUACCAACAAAGAUGGAUAGCUUUACCUGAAGAUGUUAGAUUCUACAUAAAGAAAAAUAUCUUAGCUUCUAUAGGUACAGAAAACAGCAGGCCAAGUUCUGCAGCCCAAUGCGUGGCUUAUGUAGCAGUUGCUGAACUUCCAAUUGGACAAUGGAAUGAUCUUAUCCCCAUUCUUGUGGAAAAUGUGACUAACGCUGCAUCAUCUGAACUCAAAAAAGAAGCUACUCUUGAAGCAAUUGGAUAUAUUUGCCAGGAAAUUGAGGCUGAAGUUUUAACAGAACAGAGCAACCAUAUAUUAACUGCAAUUAUCCAUGGUAUGAGAUCAGCUGAGCCUAGUAAUCAUGUCCGCCUUGCCGCUACACAGGCUCUUCUUAAUUCUUUAGAAUUUACAAAAGCUAAUUUUGAAAAGGAUGUUGAAAGAAAUUUUAUAAUGGAAGUUGUAUGUGAGGCAACACAAUCCAAUGAUAUGAGAAUAAGUGUUGCUGCCCUACAGUGUUUAGUUAAAAUUUUAUCUUUAUAUUACCAAUAUAUGGAGCCCUACAUGGGUCAAGCUCUUUUCCCAAUAACAUUAGAAGCCAUGAAAUCUGACAUUGAUGAAAUAUCUCUGCAAGGUAUUGAAUUUUGGUCAAAUGUAAGUGAUGAAGAAAUUGAUCUUGCCAUUGAAGAAGCCGAAGCAACAGAAAUUGGUCGCCCACCAGCAAGAACAUCAAGAUUUUACGCUAGAGGAGCUCUACAAUAUAUUGCUCCUGUCCUCAUGCAGAAACUUACAAAACAAGAUGAUGCUGACGAUGAACAUGAAUGGAAUCCAUCAAAGGCUGCCUCAGUUUGCUUGAUACUGCUCUCUAACUGCUGUGAAGAUGAAAUUGUACCUCAUGUCUUACCAUUCAUAAACAAUAACAUCAAAAAUGAAAAUUGGCGAUACAGAGAAGCAGCUCUUAUGGCAUUCGGUUCUAUAUUAGGAGGACUUGAAGCAAAUACUUUAAAACCUCUCGUGGAAAAGGCAAUGCCCACCUUAAUUGAAGCUAUGUAUGACACAAGUGUAGCAGUCAGAGAUACAGCGGCAUGGACAUUUGGUAGAAUUUGUGAGAUUGUGCCUGAAGCGGCUAUUAAUGAUCAAUACUUAAAGCUGCUGCUGGAGAGUUUCGUAAAUGGCCUAAAGGCGGAGCCUAGGGUUGCUGCAAAUGUCUGCUGGGCCUUUACCAAUUUAGCUGAAGCUGCUUAUGAGGCAGCUGACUGUGGCGAAUCAAACCAGCCUAAGACAUAUUGCAUGUCAACUUACUUUGAUUUUAUUAUCCAAUGUCUGUUGGAAACCACAGAUCGUCAAGAUGCAGCUCAACAUAAUUUGCGUUCUGCCGCUUAUGAGGCUCUCAUGGAGAUGGUGAAGAAUUCACCUUCCGACUGCUAUAUGACUGUUCAAAAAACAACAAUGGUUAUACUAGAGAGACUUCAACAAGUUCUGCAAAUGGAGAAUCAUAUAUCUAGUCAAGCUGACCGGUCCCAAUUCAAUGAUUUGCAGAGUCUGCUCUGUGCUACUUUACAGUCUGUCUUACGUAAAGUGACACCUGAGGAUGCACCACAGAUAUCGGAUGCUAUUAUGACAGCCCUCUUGACUAUGUUUGCAGCUAAUGCAGGAAAAGCUGGCGGAGUACAAGAAGAUGCGCUAAUGGCAGUCUCUACUCUCGUUGAAGUGCUGGGUGAAGGUUUUCUCAAGUAUAUGGAUGCAUUUAAACAAUAUUUGUAUGUAGGUCUUAAGAAUCACCAAGAAUAUCAAGUGUGCGUUGCAGCAGUAGGUCUUACUGGUGAUAUCUGUCGAGCGCUUAAGAUAAAGGUGCUGCCAUAUUGCGAUGAAAUUAUUUACCUUCUAAUGGCGAAUCUUAGUGAUCCAACCAUCCACCGAGCGGUGAAGCCUCAAAUUUUAUCCGUCUUUGGAGAUAUUGCUCUUAGUAUUGGUCCAGACUUUAAGAAAUAUUUUGAUUUAGUUAUGCAAAUGUUGCUGCAGGCCAGCAACAUCCAAGUGAAUCCCAAUGAUUAUGAUAUGGUGGAAUACAUUGGAGAACUGAGAGAGAGCAUUCUUGAAGCAUAUACUGGUAUUAUUCAAGGACUAAAAGGUGUUGGCGGAGAGGUGCAACCAGACGUGGCCCUAAUGGAACCGCAUGUCCAAGCGAUAAUUAACUUUAUGGUACAAGUCGCCUCAGAUCCCGAGCGUACAGACGGCCACAUGUCUGUUAUCGCCGGUCUUACCGGGGACCUUUGCACUGUUUUUGGACAAAGGGUGCUCCCGUUGCUUGAGACCAAACCCCUAGUGGAGCUCCUUCAAUCGGCGCGCAAGUCCCGCACGCCCCGCACUAAGACUCUGGCUAAUUGGGCUACCAAGGAGAUCCGCAAGUUGAAGCAGCCUCUUGCUAGCUGGUAA